AUGUCCAUUGGGGUUGUGGUCUGUCGCUGUACUUGUCCUUUGGUUAUGACGAAAGACAUUCAGAGCAGUUGCUCCAUACUUCCGCUGAGCUUGUAUUUUGAAACGUCCCACCGGAUGUUUACUGCCUCCUUCACGGUGCCGCAGCAGGGGAGGAGAAUUGGCCGCUGGAUGAUGAUGAUGAUGAUGGCGGCUCUCUCUGGGUUGUUGCUGCUGGAGGUGUCUCUGUACACCGUUUGCUUCGUCUGCGGGAUCGUCACCGCCGCGUCCCUCACCAUCGUCCAGGGUCAUUUCGGUGGCCUGUGCGUGCUGUACGGCGUCGUGAGCUACAACUCAACCGCAGACGUCCUCGGCGUCCAGGCGUCCUCCGCCGCCUCCUUGUGCUACUUCGUCUCGGCCGUCUCCGUCAUGGUGGCCGUGGUGUGCUUCUCGCUCUCCCUCUACUGGGCGCACGCCGUCUGCGUCGACGGCGACGUCCGCAGGGAGCGCGUGUGGAUGAACGUGGCGCUGGUCGCCGGCGGCGUCUUCCUCUUCUUCCUGCUCGUGUCGGGCUGCAUGCUCAAGAUCGGACGGGACGCCCUCUGCAACUCGGUGACGCGCGCCGUCCCCGCCAUCACCAGCUGCAAGGAGGCCCAGACGAAGAAGUGGGUCAGCCCGAUCAAGGGAGACAGAUUCUACAGCGGCCUCCAAAAAGCCGAGACGGCCGUGUGGGUCAACUUCUUCUUCUGGCUCGUCAUCGGCGCGCUGUUCAUCAUCCAGAGGCGGCGGACCGCGGGGGCAAAAUUGCCGGCGGGCGGGCGGGCCGGCGGGCUUUUCGCCGACCCGGGGGCGACGGCCGCCGAGACGGAGCCCUUUUUCAACCGUCCCGCGAGGCCUCAGUGACGUGGCGCCGAUGCUGCGCACGGAUGCGCACGCGGCCCUUUUGUUUCCUGUUGUUUAUGCACUAACGCCCCACACCUUUUGGCUUUGCGUUUGUUUUUAAUAUAUAAUAUAUAUAUUUUAUUGAAUGAGUGUGAAAAAUGGCCCAUCUUCUGCCUUCUGACUAUUCCACUCACGAGGCAUUCUUCCAGCCUCAUUAUGUAAAUAAAUAACAUUUCAGAAAGUUGAACUGCAUGGGCCUUGUUAUGUGUGUGUGUAUUUUUAUUCUUUAUUCUCUUUAAUUUCCUUUUUCAUACUUUUGAGUGAUUAUGAUGCAGAUCUUUCCUGAUGUGGAAUUACGGAGUGUUCCGAGGAGUACAUAUAUAAGGACGAGAAAGACCGUCAUCGGGGGCUUCUUCACACCGCGCUGCUGCUUGGGACAAGUACACGGACGCCUUCUGUCCUUCGUCUUUGGACAUUUUUUUUUGUCAAAUCAACAUUCGUACGAGUCAUGACGUCCCAACAGCUGCGGAUCGCCGCAAAUAAACGUAAUAAGAUUUCA